CUAGCAAUUGAAAAUUAUAAAUUGGUAAAACGGCCUAAAACAAAAAAAAAAUGAACACAAUCGGGAGACUUUCAAAGGAAAAAGUCAACGAAGUAAGAAAACUUAUGACCCUUUCCUUUUCCCUCCACCAUCCGUGCACAUCUGCAUCGCCACCUUCUUCCACCACCCACUUUCGCUUACUCAGCCCGUGCAGCCGCGCCGCACGGCCUCCAUCUUCCUCUCUCUCCUCCCUCAGAAUGAGAUCCUCCGCCGCUGACGGUGGAAAAAUUGGCAGUUCCGGCGAUGUUUCUGCUACUGAACUGGACCCCAUUUUCAAGCAGAAACGCCUCAUUCGAUCCAAAGUUCGUAAAUCCCUCAAGGAAAUGGACCCUUCUCACCGCGCCAUGGAAGAUGAUGCAAUUCAGCGUUUGGUACUGGAUGCUCCAUGGUUUAAAUCUAGCAAAAGGUUAUGUGCAUAUAUAAGCUGCCGUGCCUUACGAGAAGUUGAUACAUCUAAAGUUUUGGCAAAGAUUUUACAGACUUCAGACAAAGAUGAACAGAAACUCGAAGGGAAAACGCUUUAUGUGCCAAGGGUGGAGGACAAGAACAGCUAUAUGCGGAUGCUCAACAUCUCUAGCAUGGAUGAUCUAAUUGCAAACUCAAUGGACAUUCUGGAACCUGCUCCUGUAGAUAGUGGAGGAAAUGAACGUGAAAAUGUUAUGCAUGCAAGCGAAGGAAUUGACCUGGUGCUCUUACCUGGACUUGCAUUUGACAAAUCUGGAAGACGCUUAGGCCGUGGUGGAGGUUACUAUGACACUUUUCUGAGGAACUACCAACAGCUUGCCAAUGAGAAGAACUGGAAACAACCACUGCUUGUUGCUCUGUCAUAUUCUGUUCAAAUCAUGGAUGAUGGAGUCAUUCCGAUCACUCCCAAUGAUGUUUUUGUGGAUGCUUUAGUAUCUCCAACUGGUAUUAUUCCCAUAAGCUCAGCUGCAAUUCAAAGGAUAAAGCAUGACAUAUGACGUUUGAGGUGCCAGUAUCUCAAUCUAUUCGUCAGGUAGUAGUCUCGGACUCUGAUGUAUUCAAAGUUGCUUAUGCUUAAUCUCUGAAAAUGAAUUGUAUUCUAUCAAACUUUCUUGAUUGGGCUGUUUAAUACCCUGGCUACAUAGCCUUUUUUAACUGGUAUAGUACCCUCUUCAUUGCUCUUUUUCAUUUGAGCUGAGAAACAAUGUGGUUUCGUCUGAGCAUGCUACAAGGAGAGAACUUAUACAUGACCUUCUGCUAAAAGCCAAAAUUUUUGGGUGACAGUGGAAAUUGUUAUUCAUA